CAUGAAGUGUGUAACGAUCAUCUGUGCGCUUGUCGUUGUCCUGGCGGCCGUGCUGGACAACAGCGUCCAGGCAGUUCCCGAGGAGCAGAUCGCCGCUUUGAACACGCUCCUGGACGAAUUGCCGGAAGAGACGCAUCAAGCCGCCGUGGAGAACUAUCGCGCCAAGCGAGCUACUUGCGAUCUGGCCAGUGGAUUCGGUGUUGGCAGCAGCCUUUGUGCCGCUCAUUGCAUUGCCCGGCGCUAUCGGGGUGGAUAUUGCAACAGUAAGGCGGUGUGCGUUUGCCGCAACUAAG